UCUUGUUGACGUUUGGAAGACGUCCUAUCCUUCCGCCAGGAACCGAUAAAAUGAAAUUGUUAAGGGGCGUUUUUGAAAUAUGUCUUUUCACUGUGGAUCUCGUUAUCUGUAUUCACAGCAAUUAGAUUAGAUAAUCAACUUUUAUACAAAUUUUUAAAAUGGAGAAAUUUGAAAAUGGGAACAAAAGCAUUGAACAGUUAAAUUUCAAAGAUGACGGUUCAAGUUCAGUUCUGUCUGAUACUGAAGAAGAUCCAUCUUUGCGUCCCUUGUUAACAUUCCGUGAAAGACUAUGCAAGUUAUUUGAAUCCCACAAGUUUCAGGUUGGCAUUGUGGCAUUAGUUGUCAUAGAUUGUUUGAUUGUCAUUGCCGAGCUGAUACUGGAAGUUAAGCAUCAUGAACUACAUGAUAGUCUUGCUCCACAUGUUCUUCAUUAUAUGAGCAUCGCAAUUUUGAGCAUUUUCAUUAUUGAAAUUUUACUUAAAAUCUAUGCUUUCCGAACAGAAUUCUUCCGUCACAAGUUGGAAGUCUUUGAUGCCUUUGUUGUAUUUUUAUCCUUUGCUCUUGAUAUAGGCUUCCAGGAACAAGAAACAGUUUCAAACGGAAUUGAUUUAAUUAUCAUACUCCGACUCUGGAGAGUUGCUCGUAUUUUAAAUGGUUAGCAAAGUAAAUUGUAGAUUCUUUU